AAAUGCACUGACAGUGUAGACAUUUGACUGACUUAUUUGGUACUUUGCACACUGCAGUAUCUCCAUGAACUGAGCUGCCAGUCAUGUCAAGGUUAAGAAAUUAAAUUUUCCAGGUGUACUUGUCGCCCAGGUGACUACAGCGUAGAGACAGGUUUGUUUGCAGUUUGAUAAAGUGGCACAAACAGACGUUAGAACCCCUCAGAGGUCGAACUCUAAUGUCAGCCUGUGGCUCCUUGUGCUGGCAGCUCAUCGUGUUCUGAAGUGUUUUUUGAUUAUGCUGCGAUCAGAUGACCAUUAGUGGUUAGCCUGUGGAUUCAUGAUGAUAAUGCCUUUCAUUUCUCAGAGGAUACUUUUGGUCACUGUUUUGCAUUACGGUUCGUGUCCUCAGAGCACAGUGUGAGCUGGCGAGGGCUGAAUAUCAGAUCACAGAAAGGGUUUCAGUGGAGGAAACAAAACACGCUGGUAACUGGGACUGAUGAUGUUUAAAGGGACAAUCCGUGUCAUUGAAUGUCAGACUAUUUAGCUAUCAGACAACACUCAUGGGUUAAACAGUUUUAACCAAAUUACUAAAGUAUGUAAGAACACUCAGUUGUUUUUUAAUUGUCUGUCAAAGUGCUGUUUGGAUGCUGAAACACCUACCAUCCUACCAUUAGGUGGGGUUUGUAAGUAUAUGGUAGGGGUAAAACAGAUGUUACCCCACAGCUGUACUUGUCCCUGUCUCAGACUUUCCCUUCAGAGUCACAGAGUUGUCUCUGACCUCUUUUACUUACUUACCCACAACUGAAAAUCAAUGGUUUCAUAGAGAUAAUGGUACAGUGUGGUUUUUAAUAGAUGAGUCUUACCUUUUUAAAAUGUGAUUUAGUUCUUCAUUUAGUGCCUAAAACCCUCACAUACUUUGGAUCUGAGUUCAAGUGUGUUUCAGUGUCCAUAAUUUUAACUGUCUGGAUCUAACCAAGACAGCCCAACUCCUAACAUGUGUUUCCAGCUUUGGUGUGGCUGAUGAGUCCCUGAACCUCUGCAUAAAGGCCUGUCUUUUGGUAAAAAUAUUUUUCUGGUCAGGCUUGGGCAAGUCCGACUCACCAUUUCUCGGCAUCCUAAGGUGCCAGUUCGGAGGGAGAAUUUCGCAAAGGAAUUGAUGAGUAAACCUGCAAGUGAGGGCCCGAGUCUCAUGCACUAAUCUGAGUAAACAUGCCUACGGAUGCUUGUAAUGGUUAAAGAUAUGUCCUGUUGAAAUGAGUCAUGAAAUGCUAGUUAUUUUCUUUGCUACAGUCUGUUUCAUUGGAAUUAGAAAUGUGGAGAGAAGGUAGGUCUAAGGAGAUGAUGUUAGAUACCUCUUUUAAUCAUGAGUUUGGUUAAUCAGACUUUUCUGAUCCACUGUAAAGGAGCAGUUAUGUGGUUAUUGAACUGAAAAAACUCAUGUCUUCAGGUUAAGGUGUGAGGUUGUGGUUUUUAAAGGAAUUUAAAGGGAUAAUUUCUGGCAGUGGGACUGGAAAUAAAUUCCUAGCCCCAUUCAUUGCUUUAGUAUUAUAAUACCCGGACUCCAGAGCCACAGCAGGUCUCCUCACGGCUAGCAGUGACUUGCGAGCCGUCACUUUGAUGUUUGAUUAAGCAGCUCAAGCUUGGCGUGGCAUGAAGCUGUAAGAAUAACUGAUUUAGCUCCCUGGUCACCUUGGCAACAUGAGUUGGAGCUUCCUAACUCGUCUUCUGGACGAAAUUUCCAACCACUCCACCUUUGUGGGGAAGAUCUGGCUGACGGUGCUCAUCAUCUUCCGGAUCGUGCUGACAGCCGUCGGGGGUGAAACCAUCUACUACGAUGAACAGAGUAAAUUUGUCUGUAACACGCAACAGCCUGGGUGUGAGAACGUGUGCUACGAUGCGUUUGCGCCACUCUCACAUGUCCGAUUCUGGAUCUUUCAGGUUAUCAUGAUCACCACUCCAACUAUCAUGUACCUGGGGUUUGCCAUGCACAAGAUCGCUCGCAUGGAAGACAGCGAGUACAAGCCAAGCCGGAACUGGAAGAAGAGGAUGCCCAUCGUCAACCGUGGGGCAGUUCGGGACUAUGAGGAGGCGGAGGACAACGGAGAGGAAGACCCGAUGAUCACGGAGGAGAUUGAACCAGACAAGCCCGACAAAGCAGAAAAAAGCUCAGAGAAAAAGCAUGACGGCCGUAGGAGGAUUCUGCGUGAUGGCCUGAUGAAAGUCUAUGUGUGCCAGCUGCUGUGGCGCUCUGCCUUUGAAAUUUCCUUCCUUUUUGGCCAGUAUGUUCUCUACGGCUUCGAGGUGAUACCCUCCUACAUCUGCACUCGCUCACCAUGUCCACACACAGUGGACUGCUUUGUGUCCCGCCCCACGGAGAAGACCAUCUUCCUGCUGGUGAUGUAUGUGGUGUCUUUCCUCUGCCUGCUCCUCACUGUGAUGGAAAUCGUCCAUCUGGGGAUCGGUGGCAUCCGCGACACCUUCCGCAGGCGGGCUACCCUCAACUCACGAGCCCCGCCACCACCCUCCUCGCGUGCCAUGCCGACAGCCCCACCAGGAUACCAUGCCACCAUGAAGAAGGAGAAACUAAAAGGAGAGCUGAGGGAAUUGCCAAUGGCUGACUCCGGGAGGGAGAGUUUUGGUGACGAGGGGCCCUCGUCCAGGGAGCUGGAGCGGUUGAGGAGACACCUGAAGCUGGCCCAGCAGCACCUUGACCUGGCCUACCAGGCAGACGAAGGGAGCCCUUCACGGAGCAGCAGCCCAGAGGUCAACACGUCCGCACAGACGGCUGCUGAGCAGAACCGCCUCAACUUUGCCCAGGAGAAGCAGGGAGAGGCAAGCGAGAAAGGAAUACAUGCCUGAGCGUGCUUCCUGCCUCAAACGUCUGUCCUUCCAUUCCUACUGGCCUUAACACAUGGGGGAAGCACAUAUGGGAAUGCAGUCAGACCACUGAGGGAGACCAAAGCUUGUGUGUGUGUGUGUGUGUGUGUGUGUGUGUUUGUAUGCAUGCGUGGAUGAGAGAAAUGAGCCUUUCAGUAUUAGGGGUCAGUCGAAAAGAAAGGAAAAAAUGCUGACCAAGCUGUGUUGUGACAAAUGGUUCAUCUCCACGACUCUAAACUUGAAAGCCUGCCACAUCUCGAGUUUCUGCUUGCCGACCCACGUCUAAACCUUGACUGUGCCUUUGGCUAAAACCUUGUCUACACCCUAUUCUUUCACCCACUCAGUGUUUUUGUGGCCAUGCAAUAAUCCUCAUCCAUUUUAGACCUUGUAAGGAUUGUCUUAAGCUUAAAACUCCUCUGGCUGAGUGUAGUGUUUUUUGUCUUCUUCACAAAAGAGAGGAUCUCUUUUUAUCAAAAGUCGCCAAGUGUUAAUGUAUCAUUUUGUUGAGGCUUGUUGGCCUCAGAGACCAUCUCAAACAACACAGCCUUGGGUUAUGUCAUUUCUGGAGCGUGUGCAGCAGGCUUAACCUGUGCUAGAUGAGUCAUGUUUAAUUUAAACAGAUUUGAUGUUAGGGAUUACUGUUUAUUAGCCAGAAGCCACACCAUUUCAGAAAUGUUUGACAAAUAUUUGAAGUCAGUUUAUUUACUCCAAUCGGCCAAAAUGUUUACCUGGGAAAUGCUUGAAUUCUUUAUCGACAGGAAAUGUUCAGAGGAAUUUCCGAGAAUCAUUUUUUGUUCGAGCAAUUCAUUUAAAAUAAUCAAUUUAUUUUACCAGUACUUUUUUUUUUUUUUUUUUUUUUUUUUUUUACUAUGACUUGACCAAAGCUCUAGAUUAGUUACCCUUGUCUAGAAGGAAAUGUUGGCAUUCCACCUGUUUCACAUGACUGCUGAGAGGUAGGCACUUGGAUGUUGGUAAUCCUGUUCUUCCCUAAAUUAUGUACUAUAAUAAUGAUUCACAAUGUUCGUCAUUGCAGAAAGUUAAAAAAUAAUUUCACUUUUUAUGGAUUUUUUUUUUUUGCUAACCAGCUGGAAACAUCUGUCUUCUAGGCUACUGUCAACAAUGAAACUCCAUCCUUGUCUUUUGAAAUUUACAUUCUUCUUUGGUGAGACAUAUUUUCCAUUCUUGACAUGCACCACUACUCCUCCUUUGUGCUGAAACAUGGAUGCUUUCUUGCAUCAUGGAAAAAAAACACACAACCCAGCUGAAGUGAGGAUGAUGGUUGGCUGCUGACACAGUGCCUGGUGCCAUGUAAACACAUAAUCUGCAAUUAAUCCUGAGACUUUUGAUCAAUAGUUUUCAGUGUUCAUACAGAGGUCAUAGUUUUUCAUAGCCUGUCAGUUGGUUUUUAUGAUCUGUGGCUGGAAAAAUGAAACUACAGAUUGCUGAGAGCUGUUUGAUGCUGUAUUCUUGUAAUCAUUCCAGUUUUGCUACUUAUUGCAAGGUACGACAUUUCGUCUUGAAUAUGGUACUUCAAUGGUUCAUACUUUUUUUUUCUAUUGCAAGUUUUGUAGUUUUUGUAACUGUAGAGAUUAUUUUGUCUUCAGAGUAAAUAAAUAUAUUUGAACAAGA